AUGGGUCUUCCAGUAUGGCGCAAUCCCGAGGAAUCACGCAGCAGCAGCAAUAACAGUCCAGCGGCCAUCUCUCGAGUUAAGAACGACGGUACUGCCACAUCUCGCUCGCCCAUCCGCCGUCUUCGUGCUUCUCGUCCGACCAGCAUCCAUCGCAUUGGCCAUCCACCACCUGUACCUGAGGCUCCUCGCCAUGCACCCUCGGGCGACCGUCAUUUCGACCUGGCCUACUACCUCGGCGACGACAACCCAUCGCAACAGCAUUCCGACUCAAGUCAACGACGCUCACAACGGAGUAGCUUCCUGCCUCCGCCUCUUGAACGCGACCGUCCACAAUCACGCAACGGUGUUUCCUCGAGUCUACCGUCCCCUCCUUUGGACACAUCAGAGUCUGCCGCUUCAUCUCGCCUUGUCCUGCUGCGCACCUCACAGUCAUCACCACAUCCGUUGAGCUUCGCCCACCGCCCUGUCUCUCCCGAAGACGGUCUGGGCGAUCGCAAUCGCAGUCCAUCGCCCAUUGCAGAUGCCUGGCAUGUCAUUGGCUCGACCAUUACCCCUGACGACUCGCUGCCUUCGACCGACUCCAGUUUUGCUUCGAGAGGAAUCUCAGCUUCAUUUGCGCGUACAGAAGCCCAAGCGGAUGCUCUAGCUGACGCUCUGGCCGAGGACUCCAGCUCUAACGAGCCUCACAAUGACGACCGUCGCGCCGUCGAAGCUUUGUUGUACGAUUUUGCCAUGCAAACUGCCGAAGGUCGAGCUCAGAUUCGGCUUCUGCGCCGCAUGUCGCCAGAGGGUGCACGUUGGAUGCGUCACCACAGUAGUGUGAGUCAAGAGGAUGAGAAUAAUGACAACGACAAUGGAGACGAAGCUCCUGCCCAACGUCCUUCGCAGUUCGAUUCGGACAUCCGUGAGCGCUCUCGUCAAGUCGCCGCUUCAACCAUGCGCUAUUUUGGCAGCACAGCUAGACAAAACAUUGGACAGUUGCGCAGAGUGGAAACACCUCCUCUCUCACGGUCGACCUCGCCUAGUGGCUCGGGAUUGCUCUCCAAUCCAGCUGCAAGACGCACCGAGACGUUCCUUGCGCGCAGACUUCGUGAAGCCGAGCAACAUGCUCGCAACGAGAGAUUGUAG